UCGUGGGUGAGGCAAGGUGUCUUUUCGGAAUCCAUGUGUAAUUUGCAAAAAGUGAUUACAAUAAUUUUUCUUUGAUCACAAAAAUGAGUGAAGUCACAAAGACAAAUUGUGUGAAUCGUCCUUCAUCACCGAGGAGAUUUUUUGAGUAUCUGUACGGGAAUUUAGAUAGGAAUUCAUCAUCCUCGAGUGAAAUAAGCAGUCCAUCGCCCGAUAUUGAGGAAAAAUCUCGACAUUCACAGCAAAUUAGUGAAAAUCCUGUUGAAUUUUCACCCUUUUUGCCAACAUUCCACCAAACAAUUGUUGGUUUCGGUUCGGAUUCAUCGUCAUCGCAUUUUCCAUUAGGAUUUUCCGCAUUUUUGGCAAGACGACGCCGGAAAGAGGGAAGACCACGGCGGCAGCGGACAACGUUCAGCAGCGAGCAGACACUGCGGCUCGAGGUGGAAUUCCACCGGAAUGAGUACAUUUCGCGCGGGAAACGCUUCGAACUCGCUGAGACGCUCCAGCUCACGGAGACUCAGAUCAAGAUCUGGUUCCAGAACAGGAGAGCCAAAGACAAGAGAAUUGAGAAGGCGCAAAUUGAUCAGCAGUAUAGGAACUUCGUGACCGCCAACAGAAUCAUAUCGCCCUUCAAUUCCAGCAUCACUCAUUCGCUGUUACCUCAUCCGUCGACGCUGUCAUUCCAGCCGCCGGCGCAUCAAAUCAACUCCUAUCCCAGCCCAGAAACUCCUCCGGUUCUGCUCAGGAGUCAUCGCAUAAACCCAUGUUGAAGCCUCAUUAGUACAUUGUUUGGCAGAGUUUCGGUUGCACUAUUUCAUCAAGAGUUUACUGAUUUACGAUGGACACUUGUACAGACAAAUAGAGAAUUCA